AAUGACUACAAUAUUUGUAGCCCAAGAAGGCCCUGCUAAUGCCUUGGCUUUAAAUAAAGACUUUGCUCAGGUUGUGAUAGCUGGUAGAAAUGUGUUCAAGGUAUUUACUAUCGACGAAGAGACUUUUACAGAAAUAUUUAAUUUGAGGGUUGGCAAGAAUAUUAAUCUUAAUUUUUCUUGCAAUGAUGUCGCUUGGAGCACAGUGGAUGAAAACAUCAUUGCAACAGCUGCGACUAGUGGUGCUGUUGUUAUAUGGAAUUUGAAUAAACAAGGAAGAUCAAAACAAGAACAUGUUUUUAUGGAUCAUACGAGAACUGUUAAUAAGGUAAGUUUUCAUUGUACAGACGGAACUUGCUUAAUAUCUGGUUCACAAGAUGGUACCAUGAAAUGUUUUGAUCUACGAACCCGAGAAUCUGUAAAAACAUUUGUCAGCAAUACGGAGGUUCGCGAUGUGCAAUUCAACCCUCAUACUCCCACAACGUUUGCAGCUGUUUCUGAAAAUGGAAUCGUGCAAUUAUGGGAUAUGCGAAGGACAGAUAAGGUUUUGCAUCAAUUUACUGCACAUAGUGGUCCAAUUUAUGCCUGCGAUUGGCACCCAGAAUUGGGAUGGCUUGCUACUGCAAGCAGAGAUAAUUCCAUAAAGGUUUGGGAUUUAGUUGGAAAACCAUCUCUAGAUUAUACAAUACAUACAAUAGCAUCAGUUGGGCGAGUCAAGUGGAGGCCGCAGCGCAAAUUUCAUAUUGCCAGUUGCGCAAUGGUCUUAGAUUAUAGUAUAAAUAUUUGGGAUGUUAGAAGACCUUAUAUACCUUUUGCUUCAUUUAACGAACAUAGAGAUGUGGUGAAAGGAAUUGCAUGGAAAGGAGAUCCUCAUGUAUUUUUAUCAACAAGCAAAGAUUGCAUGCUGUAUAGACAUUCAUUUAAAGAUGCUUUCCGACCAGCAAGUAAAGCAAAUCCUCAGGGAGUUAGUGUAAAUUGCCAUGGUGAUAUGUUAUAUGCUAAAAAGGCAACUGUGUCCUCGCCUCCGUCUUCCAAAAUAUCAGGAUUAAUAAGGAAAGGAACUUUAAGUUCAGAACAGUUUCAUACAGCCAGCAGCACCCUGAUGCAGUUGAAUUCAAAGGCAUUGAGGGAUUCGCGGGUUUUCAAAGAAUGCGCCACAAAAUAUAUUUUAACAGGGAAACCUGUUCAUGCUUUAUGCAGCCAUAAUGCUGAAGUUGCAAUUAAUGCAGGAAAGCAUCAGGUCGGUCUGGUAUGGAGAAUAAUUCAAAAUUUAUGCCCAAUGACGGAAUCACAGUCAGUCCAGUCAAAUGAUUCAAUGCCUCAAACAUCAUUAGCUGAAACUUCGUCUCUAGGACAAUAUGGAAUGGGUAAUGAAGAAUCAGAAAAUGGUGAAAAUGACGAUCUAGGUUUAAGUAAUUUAGGCAUCGGAGUUGGUACAACACGAGCAAGCAUGGGAGCACCAAAUGAUUGCGAUUUCGACAGCGCGUUUGAGAAUAAUAUUAAAAAUAGUGUUUGGUAUCAAGGUCCGCAUGAUGCUAUAACUGAUUGGACGUUGUCUACAGAAGCAUUUCCUUUGAAACACGAUGUAGGACCACCAGAACCGACGCAACCAGUAUUGAUGUAUCCUGGUCAAACAGAUUGCACAGUUACAGUUGUGGACCAGCCUUCCACACUCCGAGUAUCGCAACCGCCCUCUGCUCCUACUUGGGAUCCAAGUUCAUUAAUUUCUAAUUGCCUUCACCAUCAUGUGGAAUUGGGCGAUGUGCAGACCUCGGUCUGCAUUAUUUUAGUGUUGGGCCAGAAUAAAGCAACUCAAUGCAUUGAUGAACUAACCCAAGAACACUGGUUUACUGUAUACAUUGAUAUGCUUUGUAGAAUGAAAUUAUGGAUAAGCGCUACAGAAAUAAUUCAACUGUGUUGGAUUCCUGCCAUAAGUGACCUUAAUCAACGUUCUACUACCAUGCACACAAAUUGUGGGCAAUGUGGUCGAAGUUUGGCAAGAUCAGGGUGGUUCUGUACCCAUUGCAAGAGCAUGCAGAGUUCUAAAUGCAUCGUUUGUCACCAGACUGUGCGAGGUUUAUAUGUAUGGUGCCAAUCUUGUUCCCAUGGAGGACAUGUGAAUCACAUGCGACAGUGGUUUUCUAAUCAUCGACAAUGUCCUACUGGCUGUGGUCAUCAUUGUGAAUAUUGA